AUGUCGUGGGGUGGAUGUUUGUCUUCGGAAGCUCCGUGCACACACCACGUUCUGGUCUCUGCUACAGAGCAUUUAGAGAGUAGUAUUAUUAUGAAGGACAUGGGUGUAGAAAGUUCAACUGGCGUGGAGUCCACCUGCUCCACCAACGGUAGGGAUACUGUUUUUGGAUACUCCGAUACAAGUACAGCGAACGGAACUAAAACGGGCACACCCGAUCGGGUCCACCAACGGGCCGAGGUCUUUCCAUUAAAGGUCCCGGCUAGACUACGUUUCAUCCCUGGCUAUACUACGGGAAUUAAGCAGCACAUUGCACUAUCAGCACCGGAAAUGCGCCAUCAGACCCGGCGCGUCAAACUCAAACGGUGCAUCCGUGCAGAAGUACGUGCUUUCAUCUCCGGUGGUCUUUUGUACGGCAGUACCGAAGACUACUGGAGGUGGCUCUACUUGUACGAUAUUGUCUACGUAGUUCCCAAUGUGCCCAAGUACUCAUGUAUACUUGUACUUACAAAAGACCCGCCAAAAGUACGUGUCCCCACUAUCAUGUCUAUUGUGAUUGGUCCGGGGAAUCAACCCCCGACCGACCCGCGGGCGCUUCCAUCGGCAGGUCGCCGCAUAGGGAAAGCGCAAGCUGUGAUUGGUCGGAGUGAAAAGCAGAAUUCAUCAUUUGAUUUAUUUUUAUCGGCGACCACAGCAAGUCAACAAAAAGGAUAUAGGAGGGAAAAGGAAAGCAAAAUAGUACAAGUAUAG